GCGGGCAGGCUAAAAUAUGGCGCCAUCCCCAACCAAGAGGAAGGAGGACGACAAGAGCAAGCAGCGCGUGAAGGAGAAGUCGGGCGCCGCCAAAGACGGAGCCGACAAAGACCGGAGCCGAGACAAGAACCGCACGCGGCGCAGCGCGUCCAGCGGCAGCAGCAGCAGCAGCUCCAGCAGCAGCUCCGGCUCCUCCAGCUCCUCCGCCUCCAGCCACUCCGGCUCCUCCCGCUCUUCUUCCUCCUCCUCGUCCUCCUCGCCGAGCCCCAGCCGCCAGCGCCACAACAACAGACGCCGCUCCCGCUCUAAGUCAAAAUCGGCGAAGAAGGACGACAGGGACCGUCGGCGUCGGAGCCCCACGCCCAAACCCACCAAGGUCUACCUGGGCCGGCUCACCAGGAAUGUUAUCAAGGAGCACAUCCAGGAGAUCUUCUCCACUUACGGCAAGAUCAAGAUGAUCGACUUGCCCAUGAACCGCGUCCACCCGCUGCUCUCCAAGGGCUACGCCUACGUGGAGUUUGAGACCUCCGACGAGGCGGAGAAGGCCCUGAAACACAUGGACGGAGGUCAGAUCGACGGCCAGGAGAUCACCGUCACGGCCGUGCUGACCCCCACCGUGCGCCCGCCCCCCCGCCGGCUGUCGCCCCCCCGCCGGAUGCCGCCGCCGCCGCCAAUGUGGCGCCGCACGCCGCCUCGCAUGAGGAGGAGGUCUCGCUCUCCACGGCGUCGCUCUCCGGUCCGUCGCAGGUCUCGCUCGCCCGGACGCCGCCGCCAUCGCUCCCGCUCCAGCUCAAACUCCUCCCGCUAGUGACAGAGGAACACACACACACACACACACACACCUCCCCCUCCGUUCUAUUGCUAAAGUACAGAUUUGUAAUGGUGCUACUGGUCCUAAUUUGGGUUUGGCUCAGUGCUGUGUUUUUAAAACCACCCCAUAGCCCUCCUCUUCCUCUCACAGCGUGACUCCUCAUCGAUUACAUAGCAGCUACACGCGUGUAAUACCAGUUAGCGCCAGCUGUCUGCUCCGUGGGUUUUCGGCGGUCAGUUCGAGGUCGGAGGGUUUUAUGUUAUCACUGGAGCUCGUCAGGAGUCCCCUUCUUAUUUUUUUUUCCACCUCAUUUUUAACGUGUGACAUUGUGAUUUAGACAUUUGUGUUUUUAGUUUCCUCAUAAAUCUUCUUUUGUCCAGCUGGCUUGUGGAGUGACAAUAAAGUUCAUGUUUUGAACUCCU